AGUGGGCUAAAUUUAUGCGGGUAUUAGCGCUACUUACCUUAAGCAAAUGGGUUGACACGGAAGUUUUUGUACUUCUCGGAGCCUAGCUAGAUGGGCGGGCAUGCUGUAGCAAAUUCGAUGUCGUUCUGGACUCAGUUAAAUACAUUCUUCUUAUCUAGGUAGUCUAUUUACGUUUGUUGUCAGGAUUGAUUGAACAGAAGACUGAAAGAGGAACCAUAUUUAGUGACGCCUCUCCGCAGUUGACUCGACGUAGGAGACCCGCAAUUCUUAAUUUACAAAUCAGUGUGAUUUCUACAGGAAAACUAGUACUGGAUACACCAAAGUAAACAUUUCCCCUCGAACAGAAAUUUAAGGCCAUGUACACACUGGAGGAGUGGUUUAUUAUAGGGUUAUCUAUAUUUGUGAUAGUUCUCAGGUUAGCCUAUUUCUUGUACCAUCGCUGCCUCUCCAAGCUAAGAGCCCUGCCUGUCGCGCACCAGUCUGAUGAGUGUGCCGGUGUUCGUCUCCUCUCCUGGCGUCCCUUAGAGGAUUGGGACGCCCCAGAGUCACAUGGGCCUCACUUAGCUGAGCCAGAGGACCAGGAUUUCGCUCCACCAUCAUAUAGUUCACUCCAGCUUGAUCUGCCCCCUCCCUACCCAAAGGACUGCCGACCUGCAGAGUCAGACCUCCAGUAUGGUUCCCCGCCCUCCUACUCAGAGAUCUGUGUCUCCCAGCGCCAACCACAACACCAGCUGUCCUCAGUGCUAGAACUGCCCCCACCACCACCACCGCCACACCCUCCUACACCAUCUACAGAACCGCCCCACCCCCCCACACUCUGCCUCAUCGAUGUAGAGGUGACCAGACUCUAGGGUGGCCAGAUAUGGGAGACCUCUGAGACCUCUGCUCACCACACACACACAAAAUGAGUCACUAUACACUCUUUACACCAAAAUAAGGAAGUGUUUUACUUAAAUAAUAAGCAACUGGCAUACCGGAUACUACCAAUAUCAAGGACAUUGUUGGGACAACAAAGACAGCUGACAUUAAUGACUGUGUUCGCCCCUUUGGAAAGGAGAAAUGCUGGCAUCUCUUGGAUGCAACCAAAAACAAGGACAUUCGUUUGACAGUCACUGAUGGGACAGUAGUUCAGUUGACAAUUGUGGCUGUGCUUACUUGUCCCUCUUUAAGACUGGGCCUAACCUCAGGUGCAGAGAAGAGUCUACACAGCUAAGUCCCAUUCACAACCCCCUAAAGGUUGUAGACGAACAAUGCUAGUGCCAUAUGCUCGCCAUAACAUUCCGUUUCCUUGGUGACGAGCCAUCGCCCCGGAGAACAGGGUUUUGAUGAUUCGUCACCAUGCCCACUCUCAUCCAGGGACCCUGGAGAGUUUCUGGGACAUCCUAGACUGGGUGC